AUGACAAUCAAUGAUGAUGAUGAACAUAAUUUAGGUGCCAGGAAAUCCUCAAAGAAAAAACAAAAUGUGUAUACUAUAAUUAUGGAGCACCACCAAGAAGAUUUCACAAACGCCAUCGCUGCCAUCGCCGCCAUCACUCUCACCUCCGCGGUCGCCACCGUCAUCGAGCCAUCAUAUUGGAAAGAUUGGAUAGAUUGGGAGAAAUCAAAUCCAUUAUCUUUAGAAGAUCAACCUGCUCUUUCACAAAGAGAGAAAUAUGAGGCUGUCUUGACACUUAAAAAUGCAAUAGAAAUAAUGCCUAGUUUUCUUAUACAUUUUGCAUAUGCUGAUUUACAAGAAGAUCAUAAACAAUUUGAGGAGAAAGAAAUAAAUGAAUUAAAUAAACCAAUCAGUUCUCCUACAGACAAUUCUGUUCAAAUGGAAUUGGAUGGAGAAACUCCAAAAUCUUGUGGUUUGAUUUGGAUUAUGCAGAUGAGAUUUGAAAGGCAUAUAGGAGGAAUGAAAGUAGCAAGGACAAUGUUUAGUAAAGCAAGGAAAUCUCCAUAUUGUACACAUCAUGUAUUUAUAGCUUCUGCAAUGAUGAAGUAUUAUUGUAAUAAGGAUUUGGUAGUUGUGGGCAAAAUAUUCAAAUUAGGUUUAAAGUCAUUUAUGAAUGAUCCAGAUUAUGUAGUUCAAUUCCUUGACUUUUUGAUAUCACUAAAUGAUGACAAUAAUGCAUUGGCUUUAUUUGAAUGUACUUUAUUAUCAAUACCAAGUGAUAAGGCUAAAGUACUUUGGAAAAAAUUCUCUGAUUAUGAAAAUAAUUAUGGCAAUCUUGCAUCAAUUUAUAAAAUUAAUAAAAGGCAAGCAAAAGAAUAUCCAGAAG